AUGGGUGGGGAGCCAGAAGUGGGGAUGGAGUGGGAAGGUGGUCUUUCCCUGGAGUUGAACCACCCAGUAGCCGAACUCUCCUCUGACCGCCCCAGCCAAACUCUCCUUGGUGUCCAGGUCAUUCCGCCGUCACUGGUCUGCCCAUGUCUGCUGGUGUCUGCACUCAAGACGGUCCAGCGUUUGACAUACCGACCAAGGCUUUCCUACAGCGUAGCCUCUCACAAAACUAGGCUGUCUGGAACCCUUGCUAAUAGAAUUGUUUACCUUUGUACCAAGAAGGUUGGGAAAGCACCAAAAUCAGCACAUGGCGUGUGCCCAGGAAGACUUCACGGGGUUCAUGCUGUAAGGCCUGAAGCUCUUAUGAGAUUGUCCAAAACCAAGAAACAUGUCAGCAGGGCCUAUGGUGGUUCCCUCCGUGCUAAAUGUGUUCGUGACAGGAUCAAGCCUGCUUUCCUUAUUGAGGAGCAGAAAAUCCUUGUGAAAGUGUUGAAGGUACAAGCACAGAGUCAGAAAGCUAGAUAA